UAAAUACAAUGUGCCCUCAAGUGGAUAUCAGUGUAACAUUAUUUGUGUACAGUGUACUAGCAAACAUGAAGACCUUUAUCGCUGUACUAUGCCUGACCGCAGCGGUCUUCGCUGAGCCCAGCAAGGAGCCCACUAAAGUGGUGCAAAAGCGAAGUGGCCUGGUGGGACACUAUGGCGGUCUGUAUGGAAGCAGUCUGGGCGGCCAUGGACUGAGUGGAGGAUACAUCUCAUCGGGAUCUAGCCUUGGCUAUGGAUACGGUGGUCUUGGAGGCGGUUAUGGCGGCGGUUACGGCGGCGGUCUCAGCAGCGGUCUCGGCAGCGGCAUUGGCAGCGGUAUCGGUCUUGGAUCCGGCACCAUCGUCGGCGCUAACGUCCACACCACUGUGACCAAGCACGUUGGAGUGCCCGUGCCUGCUCCUUACCCAGUUGCCGUUGACAGGCCUGUCGCUGUUCCCGUUAAGGUUGCAGUCCCCGUCCCAGUAGACCGUCCCUACCCCGUGCACGUGCCCAGGCCUUACCCAGUGACCGUCGAGAAGCCCGUAGCUGUGCCCGUUGACAGGCCUGUGCCCUACCCAGUGCCCCACGCUGUACCCUACCCAGUUGUUAGACAGGUCGGAGUCCCAGUGCCAGCCCCCUACCCCGUCCCAGUGCCCAGGCCAGUCGCCGUGCCAGUCGCUCAACCAGUAGCCGUGCCAGUUGCCGUCUCUAGCGGCGGUCUCGGCGGUGGAUUGGGAAGCGGUUUCGGCGGUGGUUUCGGAGGCGGUAUCAGCAGCGGUUUCGGCAGCGGUUACGGCAGCGGAUACGGAGGCGGUUACGGAGGCGGCUACAGCAGCUACAGCAGCGGCUACGGUCUCCACGGCGGUAUCAGCAGCGGUCACGGUAUCAUCAGCAGCGGUCACGGCAUCAUCAGCAGUGGUCACGGCAUCCACUAAACUGCUACACUAGUAAUAUUCGGUUGUAAGGGCGGCGUGCUUGGGCGUUAUGAGGCAAGAGUAAUUAAUGACCAUUAUUAUUGUAUAACUGUCUUAAUAUUCCAGUAGUUCAUGUAUCAACACUCAAGAUGCAUGAACGGUAUCUUGUUGCAAAUGUGUCAGCACUUUUCUAUACUAAAUCGUGUGUACACCCUAGCCACACUACGCUCGGAGCUUUUAAAUUUAAGACUGAUGAGUAGAACCGAAUACCGACAAGGCAUUAGAGGCUAAAGUCACGAGUUGUGAUCUAGUUGUAAGCACAUGGGGGUAGGGUCGUGCAAUUUAGGUACAAAGCUUUGCUAAACCGCCUGUCUCAAUGUAAGGAGAUCGCGACCGUAAACGGUACAAAAUAUAGUUGCUUGUCGCCAAAUUUGGAGGUUAAUAGAUGCGUAGUGUUAUGCUCUUUAUUAUACCCACAAAUUCUAUAUCACUAUAGUAUUUUUGUCUUGGGCACUUAAUUGUUUAACAAAUAGUUUUUGAAUACAAACACCUUUUGUGGAACAAUUAUUUGUGGUCUUUAAACUUAACAAAUUAAAGCUUUAACAAAAUGUUACACUGAAACACUGAUGUCGCUGAAUAUUAUAUAUUUGUAAAACGCUCGAUCUCUUUAAAAGAGCAAACUAAGUACCUGGUUUUUGUACUUUUGUAUAUAGUAUUUCUAAUGUUUAGAUUUAAGCUUCAACAAUGAGUUUAUUUCGACCGCAGUCGGCUAAAAACUAUUACGAACCUUUUUCAUAAUAAAUGGUUGUAUGAAAA